AUGCUGCGCGCCAUCCUUUUCCUUCGCAUCUGCAGUCUGGCAGCAUCCAUCCCACAAAGCGCGUCCGAGAGUUGUCCAGACGAUGUCACAGCACUUCUACAGCGAGAGGGCGACGCUGUGCUGCAACAUCCAGGCUUCAACAUCCUUCAGGUGCGCCGCACGAUGAUGAAGAAGGCCAGCCAGUGUGCAAAAAAGUAUUACAAGCAGCUCGAGCUUCUGAACUUGCCUUCAGUAUAUCGCACCUCAUGGCAGCCACGGAAGCUGCCCAUGACUUCUCGCAACUUGGUGAUUGGCGCUGGCAUGGGGACCACCGGCACGCAUGGUUUGGUAGUUGCCUUGGAAGAGCUGGGCUUGCAUGGAUACCACUACAAGGACGCAAGGGCUUCUGCAAACGAGCAUGCCAGAGAGCACAAGCUGCCGGAGUUUUUGACCGAAAUUGUCGAAGGCAUGCUUGCCAACACCUCACAAUGCCUCGAGACCAUCGAGAAUUUUGACUUUAGCCAGUUGCCGAAGAACGUCGACUACGUGAGCGACACCCCGUUCACGGAGUCCUUCCUGGACGUGUACUUUCAGUUCCCCGAAGCGAAAGUUGUCCUGACCACCAGGCCUUCGCUGGAGUGGGCGAAGAGCCGGCGCAAACAUGGCAACAGCCCACCUCCGGUCAUGAGGCCUUGUGGCCUCCAAGGCUUGAAAGAGUAUUCCGAUGGGGACUUGGCCUCCAUGCUCGAAGCCUAUCAUGACCUCGUCCGCUGUGUGGUCCCCCGGAAGAACUUGCUGGAGCUCAACUUGUUCGAAGAGGGCCUCAACUUGACCAGUAGCCUGAUGACGUUCUUGGAAGACAGGCUGCCGCUCGUCCAAGCAGCCGUCGCACAUCGUCGCACCAUUGCAAGUCACAGCGUGCAAGAUUCUGCGAUGCAACUGCAUUCUGCGGUGUUUGUGCUUCCCAGGCCGAUUCAGUCGGAAGCAGCUGGGCCGAAGGCAGAGGUGAAGGCUACGGAAGGCGGCUGGCGGCUGGAGGUCCCCUGGCCAGAAGGCCUCGACCUGGCCAGCAUCGCCGCUGGGACUUUGAGAUUUGCAGAUCUCGGAUACAGAGGUUUCGCUGACGAUGCCGGGAGGCCACUUGCUCCUCGCUUGGCCUCAACCCGUGGAUUCUUCAAGCGCUUCGGCCGCCGUCUCAACGAGGACCAGUGGUUGGCCUAUGCCUUGGACAGCGACGACAGCUGCGAGAGCGAACAGGCAGCCAGCCUCAUGAGUUCCCCAAGAGCGCACCUUCAGUUGUCCAUAGCCGUGGCUACGACGAGGCGGCAGUCCCGCCCUAUUCCGCCCCAUUCCAAGCACUGA